AUGUCGAAAGAUAUUGCUUCCAUGAGAGAAAUACAACACAACCGACAACUCAUUAUGCAAGCUCUAAAUAAGAACACAACAAACUUUUCAAACUAUUCUAAGAUAUCUGAGUCAUUGAAAGAAGGAAACUUAAAACUGACAAUAAACCCAAUGACAGAUGAGUUUCUGUUUCAAGACAAUAAGAACCAUACUGUCUGUAUAAAUCCAACAAAAGGAACUUUAAACGAGAAACCUAUAAAUGAACUUCUUUUGAAAACAGAUGUUGACAACAAAGCUGACAAAGAAUAUGUAGACGAUGCAAUAGCAAAAGAAGAAGAAAGAGCUAACAAUGCUUAUGCAACAAAAGAACAUACUCAUCCUGAACUAGCAGACAAAACAUAUGUUGACAAUAAAAUGUCAAGUGAAGUGACAAGAGCUGAAAACGAAUAUUCUAAAAAGACUCAUAUACAUUCUAUAUCUGAAAUAACAGACUUACAAGAAACCUUAAACAGGAAAAGUGACGUUGGACAUACACAUACCAUUGCAAAUAUUACAAACUUACAAGAAACCUUAAACAGGAAAAGUGACGUUGGACAUACACAUACCAUUGCAAAUAUUACAAACUUACAAGAAACCUUAAACAGGAAAAGUGACGUUGGACAUACACAUACCAUUGCAAAUAUUACAAACUUACAAGAAACCUUAAACAGGAAAAGUGCCGUUGGACAUACACAUACAUCUUCUGAAAUAACAGACUUAAACGUUAGCCUUGAAAAGAAAGCAGAUAAAACAUAUGUCAAUGAAAUAUACCAAAGUUUGAUAGGAACAACAAAAAAUAUUGAAACUAUUGUUGGUGACUUUUCUGUCAAUGAAGAAAAUAAAUAUUUUAGAUGA